AUGGUGGAAAAUAUUAAUAAAAAAACGGAAAAGAGUGCUCGAGUCACGGGAGGAAAAUCAGUAAGACGAAGAACUCACAAUUUGGUGGACGGAACCGUUAGCACGGGAUCAAGCGAAACGAGAAUCGAUUUGACAAACAAUCAAAAUUCAACUCCAGAUGCAUCUCCAGGAAUUAGAAGAAAAGGUUCGACGAGGAAAAGUUUCAAACAAACACCGAGAAAAUCCGCGGCAUUUUUAGAUGUUCCUACUCUCAUGGGUGGCGAACAAAUGGAAGGUGAAGAUGAAGAUUCCUACAGGCUCAGAUCCGUUAAACAAAGCUUUGGAAUGACGAUGAAAAAUAAAUAA